AGUUCGACUCUUAAGCGUCGCGCCUGUGCUAACCGUGUAAAAGAGCAGGGUCUAGAGAUAGCUUUCUGUUGUAAGCGCUGCAAAGAGAAGAACCUUCGCUAUUUUGUAGAUACCGCAACAAGUCGCUGUGCUAGUUGUAUUUUAGUAAAGGCUAAGUGUAGCCUGUUUGUUUCUAAGGAAGAGUAG